AUGAACAACUUAGGACAACAAGAUGUUGAAACUCGACUCAUUGAAUCUUUUCAACGCCAGGUAUGUGGCAGUUCAAAUAUAUUUGUGCAUGAAUAUGAAUUCCACAAACGAGUACAAGGCUCGAAUGAAUCGUUUGAUGAGUUUUACAAUGAUCUACAAACACUACUAAAUAAAUGUCAAUACAAGGACUGUUGCCAGAGCUCAACACGAAUGUCGUGUAAGAACAGAAUUCUCUUAGCAAGUCUCGUGGCUGGUAUAAAGUUUCAUGACAUAAGAAAGGGACUUCUCUGUAUUCAAGACCUUACUCUUGACAAAGCUGUACAAUAUAUCCAAGUAGAUGAAGCUACCUCUUCCCAAGCUGAUAAGUUUUUAACUAAAGUUAGCAAGACUGGAGCCUCUACAUAUAGACAAAAGAAAUUUCCCUAUAAUUCUGGGGAAGGGGGGCAGUCUCCACCUACCAAAGAUGAAAAUUUGCGAAAAUGCAAAUUUCGCAUGAAGUACCAUGUUUUCAAGAAGGAAUUUUGCCCUGCAAAGGACUCUGUUUGUAGGGAUUGUCAAAACAAAGGUCACUGGGCUAAAUCUGUCAUGUGCCCCAAGUCCUCUAAACAAACAGGUGAUCCUGUUGAUCCUGACAAGAAAGUUACUGGUGAAUCUUCUAAGCUUGGUUCCGCCAUUAAACCAACUCUUAAAGUCAUUUCAGCUGAUCAAGAACCAUCUGUUACCUCUGAUGUCUCUGUCAAAGCCAUCACCAUUCCUAGUGUUGGUAAGCACUACUACACUGAUUUUAUACUUGGUAACCACAACUGGAAGCAAAAAUGCAUGAUUGAUCCUGGCUCCAACAUUAACUGUGUUGGUUAUGAUUGGAUUACCCGUUUUGACACUCCUGAGUGGUCAUACAAUCUUGAAUGUGGUUCCAUCAAGACCGCUGGAGGUCAUAACCUGGAUGUCGAAGCUUGAGUUCUCCUAAAGAUUUCGUGGCCUCCAGAAAAUCCCACCAUUUCUGCUGAUUAGUGGUUCUAUAUUGUUCAUGGUGAAGAUGGUAUUAUCCUUGGUACUCCUGCCUGUCAUGCACUUGGUGUGAUUGAUGAUGACUGGCCUAUUUCUACACUACUUCAGAACCUUAACCAUCCCUCAUCAGUGAAUACCCUCGACGCAUCAGAAAACAACCCUCAGAUAUGUGACAACAAACCGACCGAAGUCGACCAUCUGGUUCCAAACCCUCCCACGUCUGAUGAUGAACUUUUGUCUGAUUUGAAUUGGCAACCGACCUCCUGUCCUUCUGAAUCAUCAGUCAAAGCCAUUUCUGUUAUUGCAAAUGGACAGAACAUUAACUAUACUGAGGACAGAAAUUUCACUCCACUUUUGCAAUCUUAUAAUGAUAUUUUUGAUGACACAGUUCUCCCGGAGAUGAAAGGUGAUGCCUUCAAGAUUAAUCUCAAACCUGAUGUUCAACCCUAA